AUGAACGACUAUUCAUACUUUGCCGCCACCCCACAUUCCUACCACCAGUUCGCAGCCAUCGUCCCCAACCCAUUCCCCCACACAAGCGUCGACACAGACGCAACACGGAGCGUGGACCCCGUUGCCUCCGCCUCGGGCCUUUUCCCAACCUCACAUGAUGCGGAUGCCUGCUCGUCAGAGGUAGUCCACGGCCUGCCGACGACCCCGCACCAGGGCUCUCGCUCACCGGAUACCUCGAUCGCUGUCGCCAUGCCCGUUGGAAGCGAAGACUCUGGCAUUGGCGGGAGUGGAGGCGAACUCGACGAUGGGAGUCGCACGCGUAGUAGCAGCGAGGAGAAGGAGAAUCUCACGCCUGCGCAGAGUAGGCGCAAGGCACAGAAUCGAGCAGCCCAACGGGCGUUUCGCGAGCGCAAAGAGCGCCAUGUCCGCGACCUGGAGACGAAGCUAUCCGCGCUCGAAAACAGCACACACAGUCUGCAAUCAGACAACGAGCGUCUGAAGCUGGCGCUGCAGCGCGCACAAAUGGAGAAUGAAAUCCUGCGCGCCACCACAAACGCUCACUCGCCGUCGCACGCCCGGCCCUCGUCCGUCAGCUACCCUUCUCCCGGCGCUCAUCUACCGUGUCUCUCCUCUUCCUGCUCGGACGAGGACGGCAUGCCAGAAGACGACGCGUACACGAUUCAAGCGCUGAACAAUGGCAGCGUGAUCAACACCGCUGGCAAAGACCAUGCUGCUUCCCGCCCCGGCGGCCCGCAGAAUAAGAGCCGCGAGGUGCCUGCGUCGCAGGCUUGGGAUUACAUACAGGCGCAUCCGCUGGUCAAGCAGGGCCUGGUGGAUGUGGCGGAUGUCUGUGAGCGGCUCAAGGGCGCGGCCAAGUGCGAUGGCCAUGGGCCGGUGUUUGAGGAGAGCACGAUUUGCAAAGUAGUCGAAGAGUCGAGACGGUGUGGGGGGGAUGAACUCAUCUGA